AUGGCGGACCGCGAUGCGCUGCCCCUACCCUUGGAAGUGCGAGCCAGAUUAGCUGAGCUGGAGUUGGAGUUAUCAGAGGGUGACAUCACUCAGAAAGGCUAUGAGAAGAAGAGGUCAAAACUACUCGGGGCCUACCUGCCACAGCCUCCAGCGUCCAUGGCUCACGAACGCCGGCCGCCCAUGGCCCCCUCCUCCGCCUCCCGCUACCACCGCAGACGAUCCUCUGGCACCCGUGACGAACGUUACAGAUCAGAUGUCCACACAGAAGCCGUGCAGGCGGCUUUGGCCAAACACAAGGAAAGGAAGAUGGCCGUGCCUAUGCCUUCGAAACGUCGCUCGCUGGUGGUGCAAACGUCCAUGGAUGCCUACACCCCUCCAGACACAUCCUCGGGUUCGGAGGAGGAGGGCGGCCAGGGCGAAGGCACCCCCACCUCCAGCCAGGGCAGCGUCAGCAUGGAGCACUGGAUCAGCCGCGCCAUCCACCAGGGUUCCACCACCUCCUCCUCCUCUUCCUCCACCCAGAGCGGGGGCAGCGGGGCUGCCGGACGCUUGGCCGACGUCUUGGCCCAGACGCACGUCGGGCCCAUCGCUCACCUCUCGUUGAAGAGAAAAACUAUGCUCGGCGUAGCUGAGAACGGAAACUCGCUUCGCCGCUCCUGCGAGUUCGGAUCAGACCUCCUCUGGCCGCCGCCCUUGGAGUCCGAGGAGAAUCACUCGGCCCCUCCGGACGUCACCACCUACACUUCAGAGCACCCAGCCCAGGUAGAGAGACCACAGGUGUCCACUGUUCCCAGAACCACGCCCAAAUACGGCAACGCCGAACUCAUGGAGACCGGAGAUGGAGUUCCGGUCAGCAGUCGAGUCUCUGCUAAGAUCCAGCAGCUGGUCAACACCCUGAAGCAACCCCGACGACCUCCUCUGAGAGAGUUCUUCGUCGACGAUUUUGAAGAACUUCUCGAGGUCCAGCAGCCCGACCCAAACGUGCCCAGGCCAGAGGGUGCUCAGAUGGUGACUAUGCGGGGGGAGCAACUGGGUGUGGUCACUAACUGGCCUCCCUCUUUGGAAGCAGCACUGCAACGUUGGGGAACCAUCUCCCCCAAAGCCCCUUGUCUAACAACCAUGGACACCAACGGCAAACCCCUCUAUGUCCUGACAUACGGGAAACUGUGGUCCCGAAGCAUCAAGGUGGCUUACAACAUCUUGCACAAACUGGGCACUAAGCAAGAGCCAAUGGUCAGGCCAGGAGACCGGGUGGCACUUGUGUUCCCCAACAACGACCCUGCCGCCUUCAUGGUUGCCUUUUACGGUUGCCUGCUGGCAGAGGUGGUGCCCGUCCCGAUAGAAGUGCCGCUCACUAGGAAGGACGCUGGCAGUCAGCAGAUCGGCUUCCUCCUCGGGAGCUGCGGGGUCACCGUGGCUCUGACAAGUGAUGCCUGCCAUAAAGGCCUGCCCAAAGGACCCACAGGGGAAAUCCCACAGUUCAAAGGAUGGCCCAAGCUACUGUGGUUCGUCACAGAAUCCAAACACCUGUCCAAGCCACCGCGCGAUUGGUUCCCUCAUAUCAAAGAUGCAAACAACGACACCGCCUACAUAGAGUACAAGACCUGUAAAGACGGCAGUGUCCUUGGAGUGACAGUGACAAGGAUUGCCCUACUCACCCACUGCCAGGCUCUCACACAGUCCUGUGGAUACACUGAGGCUGAGACUAUAGUGAAUGUAUUAGAUUUUAAGAAGGACGUGGGGCUGUGGCAUGGCAUCCUCACCAGUGUGAUGAACAUGAUGCAUGUAAUCAGCAUACCCUACUCCCUGAUGAAAGUCAACCCCCUCUCCUGGAUUCAGAAAGUAUGCCAGUACAAAGCCAAAGUGGCAUGUGUGAAGUCCAGGGAUAUGCACUGGGCCUUAGUUGCUCACAGGGACCAGAGGGACAUCAACCUAACCUCUCUGCGCAUGCUAAUAGUGGCUGAUGGAUCCAACCCAUGGUCUAUCUCAUCGUGUGAUGCUUUCCUUAACGUCUUCCAAAGCAAGGGUCUGAGGCCAGAGGUCAUCUGUCCGUGUGCCAGCUCACCCGAAGCCCUCACUGUAGCCAUCAGGAGGCCUACAGAGGACAGUAACCAGCCCCCAGGCCGGGGGGUGCUGUCCAUGCAGGGCCUGAGCCACGGAGUGAUCAGAGUGGACACUGAAGAACGAUUGUCUGUGCUCACUGUGCAGGAUGUGGGCACUGUCAUGCCAGGAGCUUUAAUGUGUGUGGUUAAACCAGAGGGGGUUCCCCAGCUGUGCAGAACUGAUGAAGUCGGAGAACUUUGCGUGUGUUCUAUUGCCACGGGAACGUCAUAUUAUGGCCUGUCAGGCAUGACCAAGAACACCUUUGAGGUAUUUCCCAUGGGGAGCAAUGGGGCUCCCGUCAGUGAAUAUCCCUUCACCAGGACAGGGCUUCUGGGCUUCAUCGGGCCUGGAGGUCUGGUCUUUAUCGCCGGUAAGAUGGAUGGUCUGAUGGUAGUGAGUGGGAGGAGACACAAUGCGGAUGACAUUGUUGCCACGGCAUUGGCGGUGGAGCCCAUGAAGUUUGUGUACAGGGGAAGGAUAGCGGUGUUUUCCGUGACGGUCUUGCACGAUGAGAGGAUCGUUGUGGUGGCUGAGCAGAGGCCCGACUCGACGGAGGAGGACAGUUUCCAGUGGAUGAGCCGCGUUCUGCAGGCCAUAGACAGCAUCCAUGGAGUUGGGGUUUUCUGUCUUGCUUUGGUUCCCGCUAACACCCUUCCCAAAACACCGCUUGGGGGUAUCCACCUGUCUGAGACUAAGCAGCUGUUUCUGGAAGGCUCGCUGCACCCCUGCAACGUCCUCAUGUGCCCCCAUACCUGCGUCACCAACCUGCCGAAACCCAGACAGAAACAGCCAGAGAUCGGGCCUGCCUCUGUGAUGGUGGGAAACCUGGUUUCGGGAAAGAGGAUUGCCCAGGCCAGCGGUCGAGACCUGGGCCAGAUUGAAGACAAUGAUCAGUUCCUCUUCCUGUCCGAGGUGUUGCAGUGGAGAGCGCAGACGACUCCGGACCACGUCCUAUUCACUCUACUCAGCUCAAGGGGAGCUAUACUGAGCUCUCUGACAUGCGUCCAACUCCAUAAACGAGCAGAGAAGAUAGCAGCUAUGCUAUUGGAGAGAGGCCAUCUGCAGGAUGGGGAUCACGUAGCUCUGGUUUACCCGCCCGGCCUGGAUCUGAUCGCUGCCUUUUACGGAUGCCUGUACGCCGGCUGUGUUCCAAUCACUGUCAGACCUCCACACCCCCAGAACAUUGCCACCACCUUGCCCACUGUGAAGAUGAUUGUGGAGGUGAGUCGGUCGGCCUGUGUGAUGACCACGCAGGUGAUAUGCAAGUUACUGAAAUCAAAGGAAGCAUCUGCUGCAGUGGAUGUCAGAACGUGGCCUCCCGUCCUGGACACAGAUGAUCUGCCAAAGAAGAAGCCCCCCCAACUGUACAAGCCCUCUAACCCUGACACCCUGGCCUACCUGGACUUCAGCGUGUCCACCACAGGAAUGCUAGCAGGAGUAAAGAUGUCACACACAGCCACCAGUGCCUUCUGCCGCUCAAUCAAGCUCCAGUGUGAGCUCUAUCCCUCUCGGGAGGUGGCCAUCUGCCUGGACCCUUACUGUGGCCUGGGCUUUGUCCUCUGGUGCCUGUGCAGUGUGUAUUCAGGGCAUCAAUCCAUCCUGAUCCCUCCCUCUGAGCUGGAAGUGAACCCGGCGCUGUGGCUUCUGGCAGUCAGUCAGUUCAGAGUGAGAGACACCUUCUGCUCCUACUCAGUCAUGGAGCUGUGCACUAAGGGACUGGGCCUCCAGACCGAGUCUCUGAAGUCUCGUGGGCUGGACCUGUCUCGGGUCAGGACGUGUGUGGUGGUGGCUGAGGAGAGGCCCAGAAUAGCCCUGACUCAAUCUUUCUCCAAACUCUUCAAAGAUUUGGGCUUGCACCCACGAGCUGUCAGCACCUCCUUUGGCUGCAGGGUCAACCUGGCCAUCUGCCUGCAGGGCACCUCAGGACCGGAUCCGACCACUGUGUAUGUAGACAUGAGGGCUCUGAGACAUGACAGAGUCAGACUGGUUGAGCGUGGCUCUCCUCAUAGUUUACCCCUUAUGGAGUCCGGAAAGAUUUUACCCGGAGUACGAAUCAUUAUUGCCAAUCCUGAGACCAAAGGGCCUUUGGGAGAUUCUCACCUUGGAGAGAUCUGGGUACACAGUGCUCAUAACGGCAGCGGCUACUUCACCGUGUACGGAGACGAGGCCCUGCAGUCCGACCACUUCAACUCCCGGCUGAGUUUUGGCGACACACAGACUGUGUGGGCACGCACUGGGUACCUGGGCUUCCUGCGCAGGACUGAGCUGACCGAUGCCAGCGGAGAGCGUCAUGAUGCACUGUAUGUGGUGGGGGCCCUGGAUGAAGCCAUGGAGCUCAGAGGGAUGAGGUACCACCCCAUCGACAUCGAGACCUCUGUCAUUCGCACGCACAAGAGUAUCAUGGAGUGUGCUGUGUUUCCUUGGACCAACCUGUUGGUGGUGGUGGUGGAACUGGAGGGUUCAGAGCAGGAAGCUCUGGACUUGGUUCCUCUGGUGACCAAUGCAGUGUUGGAGGAGCAUUAUCUGAUUGUAGGAGUUGUAGUGGUAGUGGACAUCGGUGUGAUCCCCAUCAACUCUCGUGGUGAAAAACAGAGGAUGCACCUGCGUGAUGGUUUCCUGGCCGACCAGCUGGACCCCAUCUAUGUGGCGUAUAAUAUGUAG